CUCCCGCGCAAGAGACCCCUCACGCGGCACCAGCGCGCAUGCUCGCAAAACGCCGCGGUCUGUGCGCAUGCAAGAAUUAGAAGAAGAGCCUCCUUUGGGUCGUCCUCCGUUGUGCCACCGCCACUCCUGCGGUGACGUCACCAGAAGGAAACACUUGGCAUUCUACAUGAACUACGAAAAUCCUCCACCCUAUCCUGGCCCACAGCAAGCUGCCCCAUACCCACCAUAUGCCCAGCAACCAGUUGGACCACCGGGUCCUGGCGCAUACCCUGGCUACCCACCAGGACCACCGGGGGGCCCAGAGCCAGGCUACCAAGGCUAUCCACAGUAUGGGUGGCAAAAUGCUCCUCCACCCCCAGGACCAGUCUAUGCAGAUGGACCUAAAAAUACAGUGUAUGUUGUGGAAGAGCGGCGAAGGGAUGACACGGGCGAAAGUGCCUGCCUGACAGCAUGUUGGACUGCGCUGUGCUGCUGCUGCCUUUGGGACAUGCUGACCUGAGUGCCCUGAGAAGCCAAGCCUCUUGUUACCUCUAAUUCAGAGUGCUAUGCAUUCUUCUUCUCCUCCUCUUCCUUCUCCUCGACAGCUUUUUAGUACUGUAAUAAAUGAUCUGCUUUGCACAGGUGACAGAAACAUGUCUGCCAUAGAGAUAGCACCGUGAUGUUGGUUAUGCACUUUUUAGUUUUAAUGGAGAGAAAUUUCACCUUUAUAGCAUAUGUUUCUAAGACUUUGUGGUUGUUCUCUAAAGAAUGUGCUCAAUCCUUUUUCUUUUCUUUUCUUUUUUUUCCUUUUUGUUUUUUUGCAAAAAUGCUUUUACUUCAAAUUACGUAUUUAUAAUUUUUACCAUUUUUAGAAAUGGAAUAAUAUGCAAUAAUUUAAGCCAAUCAUUUCUGUUUUUCUUACUUGCUUCCACUUCAGGUUUAAUAAAUUUCGUCCAAUAAAGAUGUGGACUCAAAACAA